UUUGAAAUAAAAAAUGCGAUGAUGUUAAGGUAGAGACAGCGGCGUGCCUCGGAGAAAGCUUGAGUGCAUACUAGUCUCUGCAUCAGAGUAGUGGCCUCCGAGCUGCUCUUCAACACACAGAUUCGGCAGAGCCUGCCGAGAGAGAGUGAAAAGAGAGGGAGCGCGCUCAAGGUGUGGCGCAAGGAGAUUUUUCUUUUAUCCAGCUUCUUAGCAUGAUUCUCUUUGAUCCCGGAGAGCAGCCACCGGUCCAACUAGUCCUUGCUGUUGGUCUGCCGGAACUUUUGAUUGCUCUCCAGAUCUGAGGCACCUGCUGGGUGGAUUCCAGGAACCCGAGCACGAAGUUGACAGGUGAGUUCUCAGGGAAAAAGGGGAGGAAGGAAGAGGCUGAAAGGGCGGUGGAGAGAGAAAGACUAUAAGGGCGAGCUGAGUCCCUUGAGGAUGCCGUCAAGAAACCGCGUGGAGAGGAGGGCGAUGAGAUGAGGGAUGCUGGCCGCGGUGAUGGACUACUUCAGCUCCUGCUGGGGCCCGCGAUCGGGCGCCGGGCACCGGGGCAAGGGCUCCGACGCCGCCGGCCGGCAGGACGGUCUCCUCUGGUACAAGGACGCCGGCCAGCUCGUCACUGGGGAGUUCUCCAUGGCCGUGGUGCAGGCCAACCAGCUCCUCGAGGACCAGAGCCAAGUAGAGUCCGGAUCGCUCUCCCUGGCUGACCCGGGCCCACAGGGCACCUUCGUCGGCGUCUAUGAUGGCCAUGGCGGCCCGGAGACGUCCCGGUUCAUCAAUGACCACCUCUUCAACCAUCUCAGAAGGUUUGCAACUGAGCACAAGUUUAUGUCAGCGGACGUGAUCCGGAAAGCUUUCCAAGCAACUGAGGAGGGCUUUCUUUCUCUAGUCAGCAAGGAAUGGUCUUUGAAGCCUCAGAUUGCUUCAGUGGGCUCCUGCUGCCUUGUUGGUGUAAUCUGUGCUGGGACUCUCUAUGUUGCAAACGUGGGCGACUCACGUGCAGUUCUUGGAAGGCUUGUUAAGGCAACUGGAGAGGUUGUGGCCAUGCAGUUGUCAUCGGAGCACAAUGCGUGCUAUGAGGAAGUUAGACAAGAACUGCAGUCAUCACAUCCUGACGAUCCACAUAUUGUGGUUCUCAAACACAAUGUUUGGCGAGUGAAGGGUCUCAUCCAGAUCUCAAGAUCUAUUGGAGAUGUAUAUCUAAAGAAACCAGAGUACAACAGAGAACCACUUCACAGCAAGUUUCGGCUUCGAGAAACCUUCCAGAGGCCGAUCCUUAGUUCUGAACCUCAAAUUACUGAACAUCGAAUACAGCCGAACGAUCAAUUUGUUAUAUUUGCUUCUGAUGGUCUAUGGGAGCACCUCAGCAAUAAGGAAGCAGUUGACCUUGUCCAAAGUAGUCCCCGAAAUGGAAUCGCUCGGAGGCUAGUGAAAGCCGCGAUGCAAGAAGCUGCCAAGAAGAGGGAGAUGAGAUACUCAGACCUCAAGAAGAUCGACCGUGGUGUGAGAAGGCAUUUCCACGACGAUAUAACUGUCGUCGUGGUAUUCCUCGAUUCGGAUGCCAUGAGCAAAGCUAGCUGGAGCAAAAGCCCCUCGGUUUCUCUCCGAGGGGGCGGUGUCGCCCUCCCUGCGAAGUCCCUCGCACCUUUCUCAGCUCCGGCACGGCUGAACAGCACCUACUGAAGUUGCUACCACUCUUGAAAGGAAGAACACAGUGCAGAUCUGCAGUGGUGAGAGAGAGAGAAAACAGCAACCAAGUGUAGCGUUACAGUUACACCUGCUGUGUUGUUGCUCUUUGCAAAACUACUGUCUAGACUCCGCCUGGUAAUUAGUGUACUGAUAGCGAGGUAAAAAAGUUAGAUUAUUUGUUAGCGACACACAUCCUUUCACCUUCUCUUCUCUCCCUCGAUUCCUAUCCCUUUUCUCUUCAUCCUUGAGAGAACAGGUGGUUGUAAAUUGUUCAGAACAUGUUUUCCCUUAUAGUCCAUCAUAUCCCGCUUUUUUCGUGUUGA